CUGUCUUUGAAACUCAACGGAUAGUCCUAGCUUUGAAAGCAGCAUAAUGUAUACAGCAUCUUUUGCAUUUUUUGAGGCGAUAUGGGAGGCCGGUAUUACACAUUGUUUUGUCAAUCUUGGAUCGGACCAUCCCAGCAUCAUCGAAGCUAUAGUCAAAGGGCAAAAUGAAAAGCAGGGCAAAUUUCCAAAGAUUAUCACAUGCCCUAAUGAGAUGGUUGCUCUUUCAAUGGCAGACGGAUAUGCCCGACUGACCAACCAGCCGCAAUGCGUAAUAGUCCACGUCGACGUGGGUACACAGGGUCUCGGGGCCGCAGUCCACAAUGCCUCCACCGGACGCGCUCCUGUAUUUAUAUUUGCCGGCCUCUCGCCAUAUACUAUUGAAGGCGAAAUGCGCGGCUCACGAACAGAAUAUAUUCAUUGGAUUCAAGAUGUGCGGGACCAGACGGCGAUUCUGGGACAGUACUGCCGCUACACCGGCGAAAUAAAAACCGGCAAGAAUGUCAAACAAAUGGUCAAUCGGGCCUUGCAAUUUGCCAUGAGCGAUCCCAAGGGACCCGUUUACCUGGUCGGAGCACGGGAGCCCAUGGAGGAGGAAAUUGACGCAUAUUCUCUUGUUCAGGAACAAUGGACACCCGUUGAACCAUGUGGACUCUUCCCGGACGCCGUGGCGAGCAUUGCAGAAUUGCUCGUCAAUGCCAGAGAACCACUCGUCAUAACCGGUUAUCUGGGUCGCACUCAUGCUGCAGUCAACCAGUUGGUCAAGCUCGCAGAUACACUUCGAGGUCUACGUGUCCUCGAUACGGCCGGAUCAGACAUGAGUUUCCCCGCUGAUCACCCAGGAUGGCUUGGGCUGCGAUUCGGCGUGGACGAGAGCAUCAAGACAGCAGAUGUUAUACUCGUGAUUGACUGCGACGUGCCCUGGAUCAACACGCAAUGCCAGCCUCGGGCCGACGCAAAAAUUAUUCAUCUAGAUGUUGAUCCGCUCAAACAGCAAAUGCCGGUUUUCUACAUCGCUGCGCACCAGCGGUACCGCACCGACAGCUGUACGGCGCUCAGCCAGAUCAAUGCCCUAAUCGAAGCGCGUCCAGAUCUUCUCGCCAAGCUACGACUACCAUUCUAUCACCAACGUUGGGAGAACCUCUUGGACUCGCACCGUCUACGGCUUCAAAGUAUCACUGAUCAGGCCCAGCCCGCUGCCAAUGGCCACUUUUCGACUCCUUACCUCGUAGCAACCCUGCGGCGUGCCCUACCCAAGGACACCAUCUUUUGCAUCGAGGCCGUCACCCAGUCCGUCCUAGUGCACGACCAGCUCCAGGCCACGCUUCCCGGGCAAUGGAUCAAUUGCGGCGGCGGCGGACUAGGAUGGUCUGGCGGUGCAGCGCUGGGAGUCAAGCUCGCCACCCAGGCUAUUGGCCUCAACAAAUUUGUCUGCCAGAUUGUGGGUGAUGGCACUUUUUUGUUCAGCGUACCAGGCAGUGUGUAUUGGAUCUGUCAGCGCUAUGGCAUUCCAAUUCUGACGAUUGUCUUGAACAAUAAGGGCUGGAACGCACCUCGCCGCUCUCUCCUGCUUGUUCACCCUGACGGCCUCGGCUCCCGCGCAUCCAAUGAAGAACUUAACAUCUCUCUCGUGCCUACUCCCGACUACGCAGGCAUCGCCAAGGCGGCUGCAGGCGGGAACCUCUUUGCCGCCCGUGCCUCGACAGUCGAGGAUCUAGAUAAAUUACUCCCCCUUGCUGUAGAGGCAGUCCAGAAUCAAGGCGUCUCUGCCGUGCUUGAUGCCCAUUUGGACGGACCAGAGGGCAAAUAUACCCUUGAGCAAACCAUGUAAGGUUGUGGCUAUUCUAUCUUUACCCCGCUGGCUUGUAUGUGUCUUAUCUUGCAUUGUCCUACCCUGUCUUCUCCCUAGCUUGCUCUCUAGUAUACUGCGCUGCACAAUGCUCUGUUGGUACUGCACUGUACCCUGCAAGGCAUACUACAAUUUGGUAUGAAUCUACUGCACAGCUUAUUAUCGUCGUGGAAGUAAAAACUUGCAACUAUUCUGUCAAUUUGCUCGGCUGACAACAUUCGAUGUCAUUCCAAUGCUAUACAUAUACGUAUACUCUGUAAUGUGAGUGUGUUGGGGUUUCCGUUGGCGCGUGUAUUCGACACUUCCGAGACUGAUAUAUAAAACUGCUUUC